CCUUGUCCUUGUCCUUGUCCUUGCUCUUUUCUUUCUCUCUGUUCUUGUCAGUGUCCCGUCUCGAACUCUUCCUAGAGCUCCUGUCACGGUCCUUAUCAUCGCUAUCAUAAUCAUCCUUGUGUCGCGAAGAUCGGUGCCGCUUUGGGCUGGAGUCUUCUCUCUUAUAAGAGGAGCGAUUGUGGUUCGAGGGGGAGGAAUGAUCAUGGCGGCUCCUGUCGUGGUGGUCUCGACCCCUGUCGGACUUGCGGCUGCUGCUAGUAUGGGCCGCGUCUGCAUCUCUGUUCUCCGGGCUUCUGUCUCGUUUCUUAGCGUUGCUGCUGUUAUCGUGGCUAGUAUCAGUGCGUCGGUCCUCCGGGUCCCUGUCUCGUCUCUUGCUGCUGCUGCUGCUGCUGCCGUGGUGAUAGUCUUUUGAGGAGGACAUGAUGAGAGCUGCGUGCG